GUUUGACUCGAUGUAUAAAAAGUGUUUCGUUUUUGGCAUUCAUUUGGAAUUCAUUUCAAACUUUAAUUCAUUUUGAAAUUUAUUUUGUAAUUAAUUUCUCAAUUAAUUAUCGCUUUCUUGAGAUCACAUCACAAGACAAUGAACCCGAUGUCCAACUCGUGGCCACUUCUGUGGCUCACAAUCCUAUUGGUGUGUCAGUUGUGGCGAUCGACUCACUGUCUGCGCGAAGGCCAGUGCGAAGUGUGUGUCGGAGUCAUAAACAAACUGAUCAAUCGUUUGGAGGACAAAGAGAAGAGCGAUCACCUCUUGAUUGAAGCCAAGUUCAAAGACCUGUGCUUAGAGUCGAAGAAGUCGGAGAACCGAUUCUGCUAUUACAUCGGAGGACUGGAAGAGUCGGCGACGAAGAUCUUGGGUGAGAUGUCGCGACCGCUGAGUUGGGGACUUCCGGCCGAUAAGGUGUGCGAAAAGCUGAUGAAAAAGGACUCUCAGAUCUGCGAACUC